AUGGAGAAUAUAUCCCGCUUCUUUCAGCAAUGUUUCUUCCUGCCACAACCUACACUGACAGAGCAGAAUCUUCCCGAUCAAUUUGGCAGGGUCUUCAUCGUUACCGGCGGAUAUGCUGGAGUUGGGAGUGCCCUGGCUAAGAUCCUGUAUUCGAAGAACGGGAUCGUCUACAUUGCUGGCCGAAAUGCAGAGAAGGCAGACGUGGCUAUUCGCAACAUCCAGAAAGCACAUCCUCUCAGCAAAGGCAAACUGUAUUUCUUGAAGCUGGACCUGGCGGAUCUGUCGACGAUCAAGGCCUCAACGGAGGACUUUCUAUCGAAGGAGAGCAGACUUGAUGUAUUGGUGAAUAAUGCCGGCGUAAUGAACUCUCCGGUCGACUCUGUGACGGCGCAAGAGCACGAGCUACAACUAGGAACGAACUGCCUCGCCCACUUUCUGUUGACUUGCCAACUGACCCCCAUCCUGGAACGCACAGCCGCCAACUCUGGCCCGGCAUCGGUAAGAGUCAUCUGGGCCGCCUCCCUUGAGAUCGAAAACUCACCGGCGGGCGGCGUGCCGUUCAACGAGUACGGCAAUCCAGAAGUGCAUAAAUCCAACACGUUCAGCAACUAUACUGCGUCCAAAGUGGGCGAUUACUUCCUCGCAUCACAGUUUGCUCGGCUACAUCGCAUCCAGGAAUCAGCGAAGGGCGUAGUGUCUCUCGCUUUCAACCCCGGAAACUUACACACCGACCUGCAGCGCCAUAGCUCAUCAGCGUUGGUUUGGAUCCUGGAUAAGCUGAUGCUCUUCCCAGCAGUCUUUGGGGCAUACACGGAGCUCUGGGCUGGAUGGAGCGAUUGCAUCAAACCAGAGGACAGCGGGAAGUACAUCUGGCCGUGGGGCAGGUUCGGUGAAGCAAGACAAGACAUACAGGCUCAGCUGGAGUUUGGAGGGAACGCCGAGUUCUUCUGGGAUUGGUGUCUUCGAGAGGUCAAGCCAUAUUUGUGA